AUUAUUUCGUUGUGCUGAACGCAGAGCCAAUGAUUGCAGAAAGAAAUGGUCUUUCGAAUUUAUUCAAAUAUGCUAGUGAUAUCGAUUCUCAACCACAACAGUCUUUUAAGCUUAAGCCACGUUCAGAUUUAAUGGCUAAACUGCUACAAAAAGAUAAAGCUAG